CUCUCAGCAUCUUCCUCAUCGCCGUACUCAUUGGGUUCACUAGACUACCAUCGCAGGCUCUCGUGUACUUGUUGUCUCCUCGACCUGAUCAAUCGGUCGAUACAGAAAUUUAGAUACCGACGUCCUCGAACACCUGCCCGAUCCUCCCCUCCAUCAAUCUAGCCUGACCUGUCCUUGAAUCUACCUUGGGUACCACGAAUCACCAUGGACAGGCAACUGGAACCACCUCUGCUGAUCCGUACAGUGGGCCACGCUCAUAGAAUUUCCACUCUUGAUACCUACAACCACUUGUCGUCCUUUAUCAUGCACCUUCCCCCGUCGACUUCUCGCACUCAGAUCGAAAGAGUAACCGACGCCCUCGGUGUAGAAUGUGGAGUCGUCGAUGUCACUGAAGAGGAGAGGAGAGAAAAGGAAAGGGCGAGACGGAGAGAGGAGAAAAGAAAGCUGAAGAGGCUACAAAGGGAAGCAGAGGCUGCUGAGGCUGAGGCGGCAGAAGCAUCGGAGAAGGAGGGAGCACAGGUUGAAGAAGAGGAAGAACGCAAAGAUGUGCUUGACGAAGAGGAUGAGAUGGAAGGCGGGGUAGGAGAUGGCGACGUGACGAUGGACGAUCGAGGCGAUGUCGAAUACGGUGAUGUUGUGGACGAGGACGAGGAUGAGCCUGAUAAUGACGAUCAAGGCUUGGGUCAAGAUGACAGUGACGAAUGAUCAGUGGU